GUUCAUCCUAGCAUGUCCCAAGACACUUCCGCGCGAUACCUAAUGUGCAUCCCGCACGUGGAUACUGCGCCCUCUAUGGUUGCGCACCAUUUAAUGCACCUUGGCGGUUGGCCUGACAAUCGUGCACUUUUUUUCUUAGCCGAGAAACAGAGGUUUCUAGAUUAUAAACGCGACAAAACCAUGAAAAUCGAAACAGGCACGUUCUCCGAGGAGAGCACCACUCUUUUUUCAUCGUCACUUAUAACUACCGAUGAGGAUGCAGUUGCAGCUGAUGCAUUUUUGCGUGAUUCGCCAGGGAAACAUGAGAGGAUGCUCGCCGCCUUGAAUAACCACAGACAGGGAGAAAGUUCUGGUGAUCAGAGAGGAGUCUCUCCUGAAGGCGAAGCGAUCUGCAAAACGAAGCAAAUGCCUUUCGCUCAGGAGAUGGACGCUAUUGUCGACGUAGGGGCCAAUAUUGGCGCCGUCACUGUCUACUUUGCUAAUCGGGGCUUUCAAGUUUUGGCCAUCGAACCUCUUCCCGGAAAUUUAGCUUACCUUCGCGCCAGUGUUUCCGCGAAUCGUCUCGAUCACUUUGUGACGAUCGUCCCCCAUGCUGUUACAGCGAGAACAUCAAGAUAUAAGAAGAGACAUCCUCCAGAACAAGGAGGAGGUGGACGAGGAGGAGCUGUUCCGUCGACGUCUGCCGCAGUUGCAGGCUCCCAAUAUGUCGACGGAGCCGAUGCAUCGGCUUUUAACGCAGCGGGCCUGAACGAAAUUCCAUUUGAGGAAGAUCCUCAAGUUUUUUUGGAAGAUCCGAAAGAUCCUGGUAUCGGCAUUUUAGUUGAUCGCGCCUUGUACGAAUCGCAUUACUCGAAUGUCACCUAUGAUGCACAACAAGACGUUUAUCGGCGUGUGGCGGAAUGGCGCGUCGGGGACUUUGCUAACGCGCAAUUCGGCGACCGCGAACUCACAACGGAAGAAGCUACGAAAUUGGUCGAGGAGUUCCGGAGUGGAGCUCGUGGCGCUCUAAAUCCGUUCGAAAGACCGAUGCGUGUGCGACAGGGCAUCAUGACACAAACUUUGGAUGACGUCAUAAAAGAGUGGAGGACCACACAUCAUGAUUAUAGCGCGUUUUUAGGCGUCGAUCAUUUUUACAGUAAGCGCGAAGUUUCCAAGAACGGUACGAUGGCGUCUCUAUUUUGUGGUCACCAUAAAAUGGAUGAACCGCUCACAACACCAGGUAAUCCUGGUAAAACGGUAGCGAGCUUGCGUUUGAUAAAAAUAGACACUGAGGGCCACGAUAUAGAGGUGCUCAAUGGUCUUCAAGAGACACUUGGAAGGCAGCGUCACAACAGUACCAAUCAAGGCGAAGAAGAAGCGCUAGUUGUACCGCAUGAUGGUAGACAUGAUCAUUUUAAGGUCGUGCAGCCUUCGCCCCCCUCUUUCAGACCAGUACUCUUCGUUGAGAAUAACGUACUGAACAUGCAGGUGAAGCGCCGCCUCGAUCCAGGUGUGAUGGCCAGUAAGUUGCUGAACAUGCUGUCGCACACGCUGGACUACCCAGUCGCUUCACUUGAGGCCUUCUCGAGUUACGAAAUGCCAUCUUUCCGUGAAACGGCUGCCACCAAUGAUCAUAUCAAAAAAUGGCUACAGAAUAAGCUUCUGCCGGCAACAUCAAAACAAAUAAAGAGAGAAGGCAAACACAUUUUAUCCGUAGGGACACGAAGAGGAGAAUCAGUUGUGCCAGACCUCGCUACAGUAUUCGCUCGCAAUUGUAAGUGGGAGUAUGGUGAAGUUCUGCGAAACAUUCCUGUUGAUGGGGUAAGCAACAAGGCUUUGGCGGCAGACGAUUGUGCUGCUCUUUGUGUAGAGGACAUGCUGGAUCGCAGCAAGAGAAAAGCUGGAACCACAGACAGUAAUAGCAAAGGUAAAGAUUCGCCAGCGUGCGAGUGUUGGCAAGUGGAUUUUCUCCUACCAGGCAAACAUAAUCAGGAGGGCGAAGCCGUAGAGGAACCCUCUAUGAUAUGCUCGCUCAUGCGGACAUGCCGAGGAUUGGAAAAGGUAACUGCAACUUGGCGACUCAAUGAGGCACCAGGAGAGCAUCUUCAAGGCGAGUCGAUAAUUGACGCCCAUCAACACAGACAUCAUGGCAAGGUGGACGAAGGCAAGGUAGAGGAAGAGCAUGAGCUUGUUCGAUUUCCUGGUGGAGAAUGGAGGCGGAAAUCAGGCACAACAUCAAACGAAAAACUGCAUGCUUUGUGGGAUGGUGUCAUGCCUCCCCUAGAGUGUCCCCUUGCUUCCGUUGCAGCAGCAAAGAGCGUCAUGGGUAUACUGGAAAAUAGCAAAACCUCAGUUUCUGACGCCGUCGUGGGCGCGGAUGUGGAAGUAGAAGAGGAUAUUGUUAUGACGCUUUCAGGAACGCUCGGAGGAGAUUUCGUAAUUUGGCCAACUUAGAAUCAGAAACGAUCAAUAGACCGUGACCGCUAAUAACGAAAACGAACGGUAUACGAAAAGCACUAUUCUCAUCUUACAGUUCCAUCCUCAUGCUGACUCUUUCAGUUGUUAGUCUGUGCAACGCCUCUGCGAGGUCAGAGGGCCAAUCGCGUCGCACUACAUCUACAAGUAGG